UAUCCAGACUACGACCGGACUUUUAAGACUUAAAAUACAACGGAAAUUCUGGGGCAUUUUCCCUCGAAAUCGUGUUAACUAGUACUAACUAGAAUACAAGUUUGUUGAAACGUUAAGAAGCCAGUUAUUAGUUUGAACUUUUAAAGUAAGUGGUUUCCCAAAACAACCCCCAAGCCACAAAACAAGCGAUAUUUAACAUUUGCUCUUAUUUCGGCUGUGCUAUAGGAAGACUGCCUUCUUUUGUAGACAGAAUACGUCAGUGGCUUUAGAUUUCGACGUCAGCCUGGCAGCCUUAGUAGCCGAUAAAACUUGGUUGUCGCGCACCGAGCGAUAUAUUUCGCCGGUGAAACCAACGUCAUCAGUCUGGCGUGGCCGUGCAAGAGGGUUUCGAAAUCUUUAAGCCACAGGCGCCACCGUGCGGAAAGAGGAAUCGUCGAUCGGGUUCACGCCGGGUAACGCAGAUCUUUAGGUUUCGCGUAGCAGACGAGGUGCGCGGGGGAAGGGAAAGUCCAGCAGCGAGACCAGAUGGCUCAGGUUCUGGAAACGGAACCCGGGAUCUAUCACUGUCUGCGAGUGACGUGUGGAGUGGCUGUCCACAUCACGUGCGUGUCUUUUACGGUGUUCGUCGCGGCGUUGGCCAGACCCGGCAGCAGUUUGUUUUCUUGGCACCCGUUCCUGAUGACCCUGGCGUUUUCCUUCCUCAUGACCGAGGCGGUCCUGCUCUUCUCCCCGCACUCCUCUCCCCUGCAGAAGGCGCCGCACAAGAGCAAGGCGCGCUGCCACUGGGUCCUGCAGUGCGCGUGCGCGGCCUGCGCGGGCCUGGGCCUGGCCGCCAUCGUCUGCAACAAGCACCUGAACGGCAAGCCGCAUUUCACCUCCUGGCACGGGGUGGCGGGCCUGCUCACGGCCUGCGGCCUGGGGGCGCAGUGCCUGGGGGGCCUGCCGCUGCUGUACCCCCGGCUGCUGAAGGGCCGGUCGCUGGCGCGGCUGAAGCGCUACCACGCCGCGUCGGGCCUGCUGGCCUACCUGCUGGGCACGGCCAGCCUGCUGCUGGGCAUGAGCUCCCUGUGGUUCGCCGCGGCGGUGCCGGGGCCCGCCUGGUACCUGGCGGCGGCCUGCCCCGUGCUCGGCGCCCUGCUCGUCAUGAGCCAGGUCACCGGCGCGUACGUGGCCAGGAAAGCCCUGCGCCCCUAACCCGCGCGGGGCGCGACGUGCGACUCCGCUUCGGUGCGCGGUUACGGCCAUCCGGUUGUCACGGUUACGGGCAUCCGGUUGUCACGGUUGCGGCAUCCGGUUAUCGUGGGAACUGUGUUGGGAACUGUGGGGGAACCGUGUUGCGGCGUUGUGGGUCCUGAUGUCCGUCACGAAAAAAACGAGUGCGAGGUGUGUGAUGUAAAUGCUUGCAACUAAAACGAAAGGCCUUUAUCUUUCAGCAGACAAAGUAAAUGAUUAGAGAAUUGGCAUAACUAUAUUUGGGGUAUUCAUGGGCUUAAGGAUUGCAUUAUGAGAUGCAAGAGAGAUUAGUUGUGUGACAUAAAAGAACCAAAACAUCUUUCCUGAGUGGUGUGUGUGAGUGAGCGAAAGAGACAUCUAGUUUUCACAUUAGUUGCGAAUGCAGUGACAUACACUAAAUCCACUGGUGAAUUUGAACCACUAAUAACCAACAUUGGAAAAAUGUUGGUUAUUAGAAGGAAAUUGCCCAAAGUGGGAAGUGGCUAAUUUAAUUAAUUAAAUAUUUAUUCAUCAUUUAUGUUGUGGAAAUAUAGCAGGGAUCAUCACAUCACAGUCUGAGAACUGCUGGUUGUCCACCCUCCCUUUACCUGGGAUUCAGGUGUGAAGACCGUCUGGCCAAUCAGUAGCACUGAUUGUUCCACUAAUUACGUGGGAGAAGGGGAAACCAGGGCCGGAUUUCAGGGCCGGAUUUCAGGUCCAGAUUUGAUGAUUGCUGAAAUAUAGUGUGUUAUAUUGACAAGAAACUGUUGAAAAUGAACAAACAUUAGAUUUUGUAUAACUGGGUACUAAUGAAAUAUAUUUUUUCUACCAUUUUAUUAAAGACA